AACCCUACAGAACAAACCCUUCCUUCUUUUCUCUCCUGACUGAACUGACAAUGGGGUUUUUCGACCUGAACAUCCCGUAUCUUGAAUCUUCUCCGUCAAAUACUGCGGCGAACGCCGCUCAGAAAGCUGUGCGGAUCAAAAUAGUCGUCAAGGCCAUGGAGCUUGGCUACACUGGAAUCGCCUACAACCGUACAAUGAAGGGCGUGAUGUCGGAGCGUGAUCGUUGCGCAAUCCCGGUCCUCACUCUCUCUUCACUCCUUAAGGUUGCCCCUUCUCUUUCUUCAUCCGUCAAUUUCCAUCGCGACCUACUCGGCGUUCCUCAAUCCUCCCCUUUCCGCCAGUACACCCGCCUCACCGUAUGCGUUGAUAACGUGCCCCAGUGUCAGGCGUUGAACUCUGGGAAUCCUAUUUUGAAGAGCUACGACAUUGUUGCUGCUACGCCGUUGAACCAGACCGCUUUUGAUUACACAUGCGAGAAAGCUGAGGUCGACAUUAUUGCCAUUGAUUUCUCAGACAAGAUGCCUUUUCGAUUGAAGCAGCCUAUGGUUAAAGCUGCUGUUGAGCGUGGUGUUUACUUUGAAAUCACCUAUGCUGAUCUUAUCGUCGAUGUUCAAGUGAGGAGGCAAUUGAUAUCCAAUGCCAAGUUGCUGGUUGAUUGGACUAGAGGAAAGAAUCUUAUCUUCUCUAGUGCUGCACCAUCUGUAUGGGAAUUUAGAGGGCCAAAUGAUGUUGCAAACUUAGCAUCAUUACUUGGUGUGUCUACUGAACGAGCUAGAGCAGCUGUUUCCAAAAAUUGUAGGACUCUUAUAGCUAAUGCUUUAAGGAGAAAACACUUUUUCAAGGAGAUUGUUAGAAUUGAACCAAUUUCAUCCAGUGGGAAAUGUGAUUCUGGGAAGCUUGGGUCUUUCGAUUGGCUUAAAUGGGAUCCCAUCUCUAGUGGCGAUGGUGAUUUGAUACUGGAUGAUAUGGUAACUUCUGUCUCUGUCUCUGCCUCUGCCUCCAGUAAGGAAUUGAAAACUGUAAAAGCUAUUGAUUUUUCAUCUGAUAUUGAUAACAUGCCAUCACAUGGUUUCCAAGUGAAGGAUCUGAUAUUUGGAACCAAGGCAAUUGACACAUUGAUUAGAACUGAUGAGAUGUCUGAAAAAUCCAACACGCUUGAUCUUCUUGCUAAAUCAAAGACUACUUCAUUUGAUAAUACUACAUUAGAACUUCAAACUCCUAUUUUCAUGGAUUCUGAGAAGUUAGAAAAUGAAACUACACAGUGUUUUUCUAAGACUCUGGACGUCAGAAAAUUUACGACUUUCACUGAGAAAGAUCUGGAGAAUCCAUGUGUCUCAGAUGUAGUGUUUGCCUCAUUUCAAACAGAACAGCAAGAGCAGGAUUUGCAGUUGAGAAAGUGCAUUUCUAGUCAUGAGCUAAAUAUUGAAUCACAAAAUAAGAAUGUAUUAUUCCAUGCAUCAGGCUGUGAACUAAAUAUUGUAAGAUCAAAUGAGAAUGUAACAUCUCUAACAUCAGCCAUUGAUAUUGAACUUCAUGCGACAAAAAAUGCUGAUGUGGAGUUAGUUGCAGAAAAAGUAGAUGUGGAUCAUUUAACAGUGGGUACUGAUAUGGAGGAUGGUGAGGAUGGGUCUUUGACCUUGGAUAACAUGUCCUUGCAUAGAAACACUUUGGAAAGAAAGCUGCCAUUGAACCCUGGAGAUGAAGCAGAUAUUACUGAUCGAGUUUCAUCUCUGGACUCUGACCAGAUGACAGUUGAUUUUUCUGCCACAAGCCAGGAAGCUCAGGUGGAGGUCAUAAUAGUAGAGCACAAGCACGGAGAAGCAGCUAAUGUCAAAAUCAAUCAACCUAGUGCUGCCUUAAGCAGUGUGUUGUAUGAGAAUGCUGUGGAAAGAGAACCAGUAACAGUAGCUGAAAUUGGUCAUGCACUUACUUAUAAAGCUAAUGAUGACUUGCUGAGUGCAAAUUAUGAGGCCCAACAUGAGGCUUCGAGGGAAGGGGAAAAAAAUACAAAAGCUGACAAAAAGGGGAAUCAUCCAACCGCAGUCUUAAGUGAUUUGUCUUUGCAUGAAAAUGUUGUGGAAGGAGAAGUAAUAAGUGCUGCCGGUGGUGAUGCAGUUGUUGAACAGAUUUCUUUUAUGGAGGCUGAUGAUUUGAUGAAACUAAAAGAUAAGCCUUCAACUGUGGACUAUAAUGUGCAAAUGGAGGAAGCAGCAGAAAAGCAAAAGUAUGUUGAAUCUGAUAGUAAAAAUGAUUAUCCAGCAUUGAUUAAAGAUACAACAUCAGGGAAACCAAGAGCAAGACGGAGGACUUCUCAUCAACUUCCAUUGUUUCCUUUCAGCCGUGCCUUGCGUCAUAGAUCCUUUAAGAAGAAAGCUCGAAAACCCAGUUGAAGCCAGAAUCUUGCCUAGCCACCAUCUUACCUAUUUUUUCAUUAUUGUUUUCUGGCACAUGAAGAAAAUUAUUUGAGCAGAGUGUUUUUACCUUGCCAAAUUUUCAAGCUCUAUUUAUGCUAGUUUUUUUCUAAUUAUCUUUAAUGUAUCUCACUUUUUCAACGUUGAAAGGUUGUGUAAUAAGAGUAUUUAUUUCAC